AUGUCCACCCCCCUCUCCGAUAACCCCGCAACGACCGCCACGCCGCCGCGGGAUUCCUCCGUGUCUGAAAACCCGCUCCUCCGCGCGUCGAACCCCCACGUCUCCGAUCUCGAGCAGGAGGUGCUAGACGAGUAUAUAAGGUUAUUAGGGAAUGUGAAUAAGCUCUCUGACAAACUCGCCGACCUCUCGGGCGACCCGUCCUCACUGACACUUGACGGUCUACGCCAUCUCGAACGGAAAACCGCGACCGUGUGCACGUUGCUCAAAGCAAGCGUUUACAGUAUCGUGUUGCAGCAGCAGAUCUUUAAUGAGAGUGAGGAGCAGCAACAGCAGCAACAGCAGGAGCAGGAGACGUAUCACAACGGGGACGUCGAUAUGGGAGGAUAUAACGAUCAGUAUCAUCAGGGUGGGAUGAUGUAUGAGGGGGAUGAUGUUAGUUUUGAAGGGGAGAGGUAUACUUGA